UCGGCUCUUUUCCUUAGCUGCUACCGGCCGUUUCUUCCAUCCUGGAAGCUUUCUUUCCAACUCUCAAAUUGUUGGCCAAAGAUUUAAUCAGAUUGUCGUUAUGCAUCCUUUAACAAGUUGAGAGUUUUAAGAAGAGCUUACCGGAAGACGUUAUCAAGGUGCCAUCCAUAUCCGAGUAAUUUGAGUUCAGCUUUGACAGAUACUAAAAGCAAGGCCAAGGCAUAGGAAGGUGAUGAGAGAGUGGAACGCGUGCCAAGAUGAGUUAACGGGGACGACCUUGGCGGCUUCCAGUUGCUGAAGAUUCUGGACGACGGAGUGCAGACAGAGGGAAAACGGCCCAGAAAUGCAGUUUUUUCUACAGCUACCAGUUUUGAUUUUGGUGCUUGAUGGAAAGUUAAACUACCAAAAUUUGGCACGCAGUUCCUGACUUCCCAAUCUUCUUAUCCAACGGCUGGAUUUUCGUUGCAAGCUUCAUAAGUAGUGGACAUAGAGGUUGGAGCUACUAUCGGUGAUAGUUCUGCUUAUACAGAAAGGAAAUCAUCUUCUUGUGAAGAAGACAAUACAUGUCAAGUGCCAUAUGUGGGAAUGGUGUUUGAUUCUGAAUAUGCUGCCAGGGAGUUUUAUGGCAAGUAUGCUAGGCGUUCUGGAUUUCGAAUGCGUAUUGAUCAGUCUGGGCGCUCGACAGUGGACAUGAGAAUUCUUUCGAGGAGGUUUUCUUGUAACAAGCAGGGUUAUUGUCAGACAAAGAAAGAUCAGGUUUGUUCAGGAAAGAGGUUACGGAGCAGCACACGAGAAGGUUGCAAAGCAAUGAUGCGGGUGAAUGUUAAUAAGGCUGGAAAAUGGGUUGUUACCAGAUCAGUGAAUGAGCAUACUCAUCCUUUGGAUGUCCCUAGUCUUUCUUCUCUUAAUGGAAUGGACAAAAAAGAUCAAAGGAUAGAGGAAUUGACUAUGGAGUUGGACCAUCAGGAUAAGCUCUGCGAGUUGUACAGAGACCAGCUAACUACAUUGUUGAAGUAUAUUGGGGAGCAGAUUGAGCAUUUAACUGGAAAAGGUGACGCAGUUGCUGACAAUGUAAAGAGAGUUGAAAGUGAUAAGCUUGAGCUACCUACUCAAUAAUCCAAAGUGUGUAUAUAUAACAAAUACGGAGUAACAAAUAAGAAUUUGGUUCAAAUGGGAAUAUGAUCUCAGGAGAGACAAAUAAGAAUUUGCUUCACAUGAGAAUAUGAUUGAGAAAUGAAAAAUGCAGUGACAUUUUUGUAAAUAAAGUGAACUUUGUAUGUU